GGUCAAACAAAUGUGCCCUCCAGUCACAUAAGUUGCUGUGUCUUACCUAAUGUAACAAUUAAGAAAAACAAUCCCUUCUCCUCUCUGUUGCAUACUCCACCUUCCUUCUAGAAGCCCUCACACCGAUCAUCUGUAGUAAAAUGAAAGCUUUUAUCUCCAAUUUUUGCCUUCUUCAAAGCCAGUUGACUAAUUCACAGGUUUAUCUCUCUGCACAAAGUUUGCCAUUGUGUUGCUAUGAAAAUCUGUGGUUAAUUACUAUGAUUUACUGAUGAUUAGCGAGCUGAAGAGAGGUUUUUUCAUUACAUUACCACUCACUGCCAGAACCCGACCGUGGUUUCCAGGGAAACUGGAAAAUGUGAAGCUUUUCAACAGACACAGCCACAGCUUAAAGAGAGAGGAUUGCCUAAGAUAGAUUCUUCUAGAGACAAACCUGUAGCCACUGCUAUCACCAUAUAUCAUCAGGAGAGAUAUACAGACAGAUGUGCCUCUCGAUCAACGGAGAGACUUUGCAACGUUUGACCCAAAUGCGAGUGAGAGUUAUGGCGAGACUUCAGUCUGACUUGGACUGCUGAGGUACUUCAACAACUUUAAUGCGGAGGAAAAAUGGGAAGUCUGAAGGACGAGAUGAGAGGUCUCAGGGAGGACGGCAAGCCAUGUGAGAAGACAGAUGAUGGAGAGCGUCCAGGCGGCUCAUAUGGCAGCGCUGAGCCUGACGGACCUCAGAUAAACACGAAGCAAGAGGCAACAGCUCCUCAGCCAAAACUUCAGAUGAAUGCCAGCUACGUUCAAGAGCGAGACCAGAAUGAAGAAUCCAAAGAUCAAGCGCUUUCAGGAGGGGGUUGUGGUAAAGACUCUACGCAGACUGAAGCCAUCCUUCUGACACGACAGCCUGAAGAUGACAAAACAACAGCAGCACAUAACAACACGACAGUCUCCAAUAAGUUCCCGAGUGAUGGAGACGGAGAAACUCAGGGGGAGACAACUAAGAAUAAAAGCGUAGGUCAUGGCAGAGAAAAAGGGGAAGACAUUGAGAAUAUAUUGGUGCUUGUGCCAGCAACCCCAGGACCCUCAGACCCAUGUACCCCAGCUCCGUCCGGCCAGCACCACAUGCGCACACAGGUCAGCCUGGAGGUGGUCCAGUGUCGCUCUGCAGCCACCAGCCCCAUGACGCCUCCUGAGGGUGGCCAGUCCUUCUUCUUCCCAAGCUCUUUCGGGAAGUUCGGAGCUGUGGGUGCUGACACUAAAGACGCAGAGCUACAGGUGGGUCAGCAGGUGGAGUUCUGCUCUGUGGCCACGUCUCCCAUGACCCCAAAGACGCCCUCGACCACGGCUUUCCCAGAGCUUAGCGGGAGAGAGCCGGUGCAGAAGCAGGAUGAAGUGAAAAAGAGUGAGAUGCAGAGGGAGCGUGGCCAACAAGAGAAGACAAAAAGUCAAGAAGCGACUAAGUCGGAGAUAACUGGAACUUUGAAAUGUACCACAUCAAAGGAGCAAAGCGAGUGCUUCAGCUCAAAUGCAUCUCCACAGAGCUCAUGCAAUGCUGCCGGGUUAACAGUUUCACAAGUAACUCUGGAGGAUAGUAAUCAGCAGCGUAAGCAACAGAGGAUGGGAAGUAUGGAUCAAGACAUUACAAUCCUGGUGACCCACUAUGGCAACAAUGAGGAGGAAGAGAAGGCUGAGUCAUCCUUUUAUACCCUUGAGACAGAGAUGGUCAAAAUAGAUGAAUAUGAGGAACUAAGAGAGAAUAACGGUGAUGCAAAGAGGGCGGAUGGAAAGGAGAAUGUCUCCACAGAAACUGUUGCCCCUGACGUACAGGAGAUCUCAAUCGCAAACCCUCCACAAAGUAAAACAGAGAAAUCUUCUGUUUCUGCUUGCGACAAAGCAAAAACAGACGUGAAUUCAGAAGUGAAAGAAAACAAAGGUGCAGGCGGUGAGUUGAGAGAAGUGACAAAGCCUCCUGUCCCUGAGUCUCCAGCUCCCUUCGGCUGCCACAACAUCCGCACGCAGGUGAGCCUGGAAGUGGUGCAGUGCCAGUCUGCAGCUACCAGCCCCAUGAUCCCUCCUGAGGGCGACCAAGCCUUCUACUUCCCCAGCUCUUUGGGGAGAUGUGGAGGUGUAGGCACAGAGACUAUAGAUGCUGAGCUGAAGGUGGGUCAGCAGAUAGAGUUUCGGUCUGUCGCUACAGCACCUAUGACCCCGAGAACGCCCACCAUCACAGUUUUUCCUGAGAUCGGAAAGGAUGCACGCACAGAGGAGAAGAUAGUGGAGGAGGAAGACGUUAGAAAGGAGCAGGUGGUGGAGGACAAAAAGGAGGAGAAAGUAACUGAAGAGAAAAAGGUGGAGGCAUCUGAAGAUGACACAAAGGAGGCAAUAAAUUGUCAGGAGAAAGAGGAGGAGCCGGUGCAGGAGGUGAGCUGGGAUGAAAAGGGGAUGACAUGGGAGGUGUACGGGGCGGUGGUGGAAGUGGCUGUGCUGGGCUCAGCCAUCCAGAAACACCUGGAGAAACAGGUGAAGAAGCAGAAGCCCUCAAUGCCUCCCCCUCCUCCGCUCAACCCCUCAGCCGUGCCCCUCUCUCCAGAGUCCAUCCAGGGGGGUUCUGGUUCUGGUUCAGGUUCUGGUUCCGGUUCCGGUUCAGGUAAGGGCCGUUCAGGGAAAAGGGGAGAUCGGGAUGGAGAGGUGAGCCGACGCAGAAGAAACCCUUUCCGUCAGCUAAUGGAGAACAUGCAGCAGCCACAUUGUUGCUCCAGAGCUCACAGCGCUGAGUGACACAAGAAUCCUGUGGAGAAAACAACAGCUGUUUAGAAGGAAACAAGAAAACCUGUGCGAUAAUCAUUUUAGAAAAAAUUCACGUGAAGAAUGUGUCAGUUAUACGCUGAUUUACUUCAAGGCGUGACAUUGUGUUGAAUGUGUGAGAAGCAGAUCGCCUCCUCACACCAGACAAAAAAAAAAACACAAAAGCACUUAACAUAACACUUCAAUCAUGGAGCAUUGAGAAUCAGCCAAACAAGAUGGGGUUUUCUUUUUUUUCUUGGAGUUCCAUGUUUUCAUGUUUUGAAAAAGGAGAGGUGUAUCAAUGCCUUGGAUAGCUCUUCUCCGUUAAUGUUUUUCAAUCAGACCACUCAACUGUCUGCUUAGUCGUUUUAGCUGUUGCUGCUUUUCUAAAUGCACCUCAGACGAUAUGAAGCCAUGGCAAUCCUUCCCCUGGUUGCUCACAAGCUCACACAGCUACGACUGAGAGAGAUGACAGUGACAGUUGUUGAUUGUAAUUUAUGUACUUGUGGUCAGUCGUUGCAACCUGCGGGUAAUUUUGUUGCAAGUGUAUAGAAGUUAAAAUGGAUGUAAAUGUUGCUUUGAUGUGCCUGUGUGAGGAGUCCCGACCAGUAGAGCAGGCUUUUGUAUGUCUUAUAUUAUGCUUUUAGAUUUGGCACAAUUUUGAUUUAAUUGUAUUGUGAAAAGUAUAAAAAUGUACAAAUGACGAGCACAAUCGACAGCUGAUAUGAGGGUAUUUUCAGUCAUUACUUACUGACUUGACUUACUGUAUUAUAAUGCCAUGAUUAGUGAUUCAGUUGUGAAUUAUGUGAUGAAUUAUUUUGAAUGUGCUUUAAUUCAGAGGUUGUUACAGUGUUAGUGAAGUUGGUGUUCAUACGUUAAAUUCAUAAAAGUGGGAUCAAAUCCACAUUUGGCGAAAUUGAUUUCAUUCAGAUUGCACUUACAUUACAUUCAUUUAGAUGUCAGGAAACGGUGAAACAAUCUUUUCUAUCCACUGCUUAUACAAAGUCACAAAGUCACAUUGCAUGAGGGUUUAUUCGAGCAUGAGAAUCUCAAACUCAAAGCAAACACUGACAAAUUAAACAGGCAUAAGGUUAAACCUUUUGGCUGACGUGCAGUCACAAAAAAGGAAUUCAUUUAUGCAUUGACAUUGAGCAAUAUUUUACUCUUUUUGGAAUGUCUUUCUGGUUGCAUCAGCUGUAAAAAAAAUAGCAUUGUGUGUUGACAUAGCUUAUAUAUUACAGUUUAUUUCAAAGCAAACCAUCAUUUUUAAGCUACCGCUUAAUAUAUUAACAAAAAAUAAAGUGAUUCACAUGUGCAACAAA